GCUUGGCUAAAACCGGUUUUUAAAAUGGCACGCACUAACGUCUCAGAGCAGAGGGUCAAACCGCAAAGAAGAAGGCGUGAAGUGCAGCACGCCUCUGGCACAGAUUGGAACAACAAUCUGAGAGAAAUCGCCAGUUUGCUUCCUAUAUCUGACACCAUGCAUGGCAGAGGCCUCACCAAGAAAGAGACGCUGGUCCACAUGUUAUGGUACUUCGAAUUCCUUGACACGCACAUUCAGAAUCUAAAGGGUCGUCUGCCCCCCAACUGUCUCCCAGUAAACGAAACAGAAUCUGAAUCCGAGAGUGAGGAGAGCAUUGUUUCCGAGUUGGAGGCUCCUCAGCCCAAAUGCAAACACACGUGUGCCCAUUCCCAGUUGAGUGGCCAACUACCUGCUGGGCCACUGUUGAGCCUAAGAAACGGGCUGGACUACGAUGAUAUAAAGAUGGAGGUUCUGCCCGAGGAAGAGGAUGGCCUGACCUUGGGCCUGGGCCAGAGGCCACCCAUGUGGCAGAGCGCGUACAGCUGGACGGAGCCCAUCUCGGACUCGGACUCCAUGUCCACGUGCUCCCCAAACUCCCUCUCCUCCAGCAUGGGUCUGCUGCAGCACGACAGAGCUGCCUCUGGAGGGCACUGUUCUGCCUGUGAUGGACGAACCAGCAGUGAAGAUGGCAGUCCUGGACAGAGUCAGUUAACUCCAUCAUCAGGGUCCCUGCAGGUGUUUGUGAGCGAGAACAUGUGUGGGGGUGCCACCCGGGCCAGCGAGGAGAGCCAGUCGUUGUGCAGCUCCUUCUCCACGCCCCUCAUGCCCAGGAUGUCCUCCUUGAUGUCGGACUUCACCCUGAACCUCAGCCCCUCCCUCCUGACCUCCCCGACGCGCGGGGUCAACCACGACCUACUGCCCCAGGGACAGGAGGACCUUCACACUCUGUUUGAGGACGUGUGGGUCAGCUCUGACGGAAAUGCCUCCAAAAUCGCCAGUCUUCCAUCCAGCCAGUCAGAUGACUCAGUGCCUGAUUGGUCGAGCCAGAGCCAGACCAGGAAGAGGGCGGUGGCCGUGGUGCCCUCCCACUCCCAGAGUGACGAGGAGGAGGCGGGCUGCGACGACGUCACCUGGACCCCCAAGCUGAUGCAGGGGCGGCGGCGCCGUAAGCCGCGGGCCAAGGUGCAGGCCAAGCCGGCCCCCGACACCAAGAAGAAAUGCGUCAACGGCUUCAUCAUGUUCUGCCGCAUCAACAGGAAGCUCUACCUGGAAUCUCGACCAGGCACCCCAUCCACUGUGGUGACCAAAGCGCUGGCCAACAUCUGGCAUCAUCUGCCGAAGCCGGAGAGGCGCAUCUACUGUUUGAAGGCGCGGCGUUACAGCUGCCAGGAGAACCGUAACGUGCGUAUGCAGGAGGAGGAGGAGGAGGAGGACGCCCAGGGAGAGGAGUGCAAGCCCAGCCCCCUGCACCUCCUCCUGGCCGACCGACGCCUCUGUGCCACCGCCAGAGGGAAGCCCUGAACACCACCAGGAGCUCUCACAACAAAAUAAAACACACACACACACACACACACACACACACACACACACAC